AUGGCUUCGCAAGUCCAGACCGCGCUGCCCGACUACGCGCACAGCACCACCACGCUCGAGACCGUGCCCUCGUACAACGCCGCCAACACCACCGCCGCCUUCCCCGCCGCCAAACCCUGCUCGCUCACCGUCAAGAACCUCGACCGCAGGCGCGAUCCCAUCCUGUUCGUCGACGCUGCCGCCAACGACCGCGUCGUCUUCGAGUUCGUUCAGCUCGACUACGCCGACUCGGCCGCCGACGCCGAGCUGCGCCACAAGCUCGUCGAGGAGGCAUCCGACAUCUACGCAUCGCCCGUCAAGCUCGUCGUGGCGGCGGACAAGACGGUGCCGUACGCGGUGCGCAAGCACGUCGCCUCUUCCACCUACGAGAUCAUCCAGCUCGACUCGCACGCCGGAUUCGGCGCGUGCACCAAGAUCGCCACCAAGGGCAUCUUUAAGAGCAAGUACCACCUCGAGCGCGCAGCCGCCGCAGAGACGUCGCAGUCCGACGACGUCUACCUCAAGGGAUCGCUCAAGGCGCUCAACGUCUCGCUGCGUCGCAACGUGGAUGGAAACAAGGCGACGCUCAUCGAGCUCAUCAAGGGCGUCCAUGCCACCGUGGCGCACUUUGACUCGGGCGUCACGCAGCUCGGUGCCUCGCUGUCGGUGCCGUACCUUGUAGCGGCGCUCUUUGCAGCCAUCGACACGCACCGCGAACACUACCUCACCUUCACCACGGAUGAGAAGCUCGACGAGCUCCAGGCGAGGGUCAAGCCGUCUACCUGGGAUAGUCUCUUCCUGCAGGCGGGGCAGACGAGCAAGAAGCAGGAAAAGUUUGCGCAGCAGCUCGAGUCGGAGCGCAAGCGCGACUACAACGAGGCGGUGCACAACAAGAGCGCCUAUCCUAAUGGUAUUAUCCCCGCCAACCGAUCGGGCUCUCACUCGCGCUCGCGAUCCAGGGCCGCUUCGAGGGACGCUUCGCGCACCGCUAGCCCCGCACCCGCCAACGCUGCGCUGCCACCCGUCGACGAUACCGAAAGCUCAGCAGACCAGCAACGUGGUCGUCGCUGA